AUGGUAGCGGAGCUGCGGCAUGCCUCCCAAGGCCCACCGCAGCUCCAGAGGACCUUCGCCAAGCGGCUCGGCAGCCGCAUCCUCUUCCAGCCGCGGCCGCAGCGCCGCGCCCAGCCCGGUGGCGAGGGCCGCCCGUCUGCCCACGAUACGGGCUGGAACGCGAGCGCGGCUCAGGAGCCGUCUCAGCGUCCCCGCGGAGAGCGUCGGAGCGUGGAGGCACAGGAGCUUCGCCACCGACGCCGGGUCACCAAGCUGAUCCUCAGGCGCGACCCGGACACCUCAGAGGCUUUCGCGAGCAACCUGGAAGCGAGGCGCUACGCUGAUCUGGGUAUCAGCGUUGAGGACACGCCACUCCGGGAGGACAGGCAGCGAAUCGCCACCGCCAGGUCUGAGCCGCUGCGGCGUGCCGCUGUGGAAGGCCGCCCGCACUUGGACCGGGUGGGCGAGCCGGGCCAAUUCUCGGGCGAGCUGCUGGAGACCAGCAGCGAGCAGCACCAGGAAGUGGUGCGCCAGUUCUGUCUCGUGGAGCAGGCUGACAUCUCGACGCUCGUUCGGCUUGCGCGAGACGAGGUAGAGCAGCUCGCGUCGAUCCAGGAGAGGCGGGGCGAGCUCCCGGACGGCGCAGAGGCAGACAGCCUGCUCGGGGAUGGCUAG